AUGCAAAACAAAGAAGAUGAUCUAGCAACUGAAAUCAGCAGAUGUAAUAGAUGUACAAAAGAAGAAGAGACAGUAAAAAAAAGAAAUGCAAGAGCAGAAGAGUCGAGAAAAGAAGAACAAAAGUUAAUAGGAUUCAAAACACUAGAGAGUCUAAAAAUAGAAUUGGCCAAAAGCAAUACAAGACAGAUUAGGAUGACUCCUAAGUACAAGAACAAGAUAGCAGUUUGUGAGCAUAGCAAAGCAAAGAAAAGAAUCCAAAAGAAGAAGAAAAACCCAAGCAAGAAAAAGAAAACUAAUCAACAAGAGAUAAAAGAAAGGAAAAAGAAGGCAAAAAAAAAGGAAAAUGAAUUGAAGAUGAAGUUAGAAAGACAAUGUGAAAGCUUGUCAUGA